AUGUCAUCUUUCGCCUCUUCCUCGGGUGAGGCGAGCAAAGAGAACAAAAACCAGCCGUCGAUUUCUCAGCAGAUUAAAAUAAUCACGCCGUCCACUUCCUCUCCCUGGGGUACCAUCGGUCGCACGUUCGUCCUUUCCGCGGUCGCGUUGUUCAGCAAAGCGCUUCUCGGGAUGUUCAAUUCGACGACGGUGAGCAAUCACGAGACGUUUUUACGCGCGGUCACGAGGGAAGAUCGAGGCGUUGAUGAGAACGAUGACGAUACGAAGAAGAAGCGUAAAAAACCGGGUUUGAUUACCGUGGCGAAUCAUCACUCGACGUUCGACGACCCGGGGGUGUUAGCGUACAUGACGCCGUUCAAGUUUUUCUUAACGGAAAUGUUCCACCAAAACAACCGAUGGACGCUGUGCACGGCGGAAGUGGCGACGGCGAACAGACUGGUGGAAUCGUUCAUUCUGAGCGGGAAAGGCGUGCCGAUAUACCGAGGUGGAGGUAUCGAUCAACCGUGCAUGAAAGUUAUGGCCGAGCUCGUCGCCUCCGGUCGAUGGUUACAAAUCUUCCCGGAAGGUAAAGUGAACCGAGAACCGCGAGGUCAAACGCCUUUGGACCAAAGAUUGAAAUGGGGAUUAGGAAAGAUUCUGUGCGACGUCGAGGAGAUGGGUGGAGAACAACCGAUGAUUUUACCGUUUUGGCACUCUGGAAUGGACGAGGUGAAACCGUACGAAGGGUGUAAAACGAUCUUUCGGUGGGGGAAACGCGUCCACGUGACGGUCGGCGAACCGAUCGACAUGAAACAGUUUCGAGGCCGGUGCGGGAAGUGUAAAAACGAGGAAGAGAAAGGAGCGCUGUACGCGGAGAUGAUGACUGUGGUGAGAGAAAAGAUGAACGAGGUGAGGAAGAAGAACGUGGUGGAAAGAGAAGAGAUGGGCAUAAAGGUGAGCGAAGAGGAGAAGAAGAAGGAUUAA